AAAAGUGCAAAAAAAUUGAAAAAUCUAGGGAGAGAAACGCCUAGAAUUUUCGAAUCGCCUAGGGACGUUUCAAAAUUCUAGGCGUUUCUCCCCUAGAGUUUUGAAAAAAAUAGGCGUUUGGCCUCCACCCAAAAAAAAAACGGUUUUAAGUCCGGUGAUAUGUUCGAUGACCUUGCCCUGGAUUUGUUGAGAAGAGAAUGUUAGAUUAAGUUAGAGAUCAGGGAAGAAAAACAUGGAAUCAUAAAAAUUAAUAUUUAAAUGCUGGUGUUACCUGAUAAAAUAAAAGCGUUGUUUAACGAUUUUUUUUUACUGUGUUGUCUUUUACUUUUUUUUCAACAUAACUGCCUGAAAAAAAUUAAAACAAAAAAAUUUGAACCUAAAAUUGAUAAGAGCGACUUCAAAUUCCAUUUAAUUCCGCGCCUAAUCCAUCAUCUAUAAACAGGGACCUCCCGGAGCACCGAAGAGCGAAACCACUCAUCAGUCAUCACAAUUACAAUUUCUCUAUUUCUCUCUCUAAAAACCUCAAUCUCUCUCUCUAAAAUCGCACUUCCUUCAAAAUCCGUCGGAGUUUUAUCUCUAUAAUGCCAGAAAUGUACGCACUCAAAUCUGAAGAACAGAGCCAGCAGUUGCAGCUUGUUCAACGAGAAGAACUCGAAGAUGAAGAGGACUUGUUCGAAGCUAUUGAUAAAUUGAUUGCACAUGGAAUCAAUGUUGGAGAUGUUAAGAAGCUUCAAGAUGCUGGAAUAUACACUUGUAAUGGCUUGAUGAUGCAGACGAAGAAGAAUUUGACUGGUAUUAAAGGAUUGUCUGAGGCUAAAGUUGAUAAGAUAUGCGAAGCUGCUGAGAAGAUUGUGAAUUAUGGUUACAUUACAGGAAGUGAUGCUUUGCUCAAAAGAAAGUCUGUGAUUCGCAUAACCACCGGAAGCCAGUCAUUAGACGAGUUAUUAGGAGGUGGAAUCGAAACAUCAGCAAUUACGGAAACAUUUGGAGAAUUCCGCUCUGGAAAAACUCAGCUAGCACAUACUCUAUGCGUCUCAACUCAGCUUCCGACUAGCAUGAGAGGAGGAAACGGGAAGGUUGCCUACAUUGACACUGAAGGAACUUUUCGACCUGAUCGUAUUGUGCCAAUUGCUGAAAGGUUUGGGAUGGAUGCUGCUGCUGUCCUAGACAAUAUCAUAUAUGCACGUGCAUAUACGUAUGAACAUCAGUACAACCUCCUCCUUGGCUUGGCUGCAAAAAUGGCUGAGGAACCCUUCCGAUUACUGAUUGUAGAUUCUGUCAUUGCUCUAUUCCGAGUGGAUUUCUCUGGAAGAGGAGAGCUUGCAGACCGACAGCAAAAACUGGCCCAAAUGCUGUCUCGUUUGAUGAAGAUUGCUGAAGAGUUCAACAUUGCUGUAUAUCUUACUAAUCAAGUUAUUGCUGACCCAGCAGGCGGAGUUUUUGUUACGGACCCAAAGAAGCCAGCAGGCGGUCAUGUCUUAGCCCAUGCAUCAACAAUAAGGUUGAUGUUCAGGAAGGGAAAAGGUGAACAGCGUAUCUGCAAGGUGUUUGAUGCCCCAAAUCUGCCAGAGGCCGAAGCUAUAUCCUAUUUCUAUUGACACUUGCGCUACUAUUUAAUGCAAAUUGAAACAUUCUGCAUCACCACAAAUGUUCAUUCAUCACAGUAAUAUACUAUGUUAACACCUUGACACCAGCACGUAUUUCAGAUUACACCAGGUGGAAUAGCGGAUGCAAAGGACUGAAGCUAGCAGACAAUCAAAUCAAUUUAUCUGAUACCAGAAAGAGCAAAGGAAAAGUUGCCUGGUUUUCUACUGCCAUUAUUUAGCAUUAAGACAUAGUUAUCUACGGCUAGGAAUGCAUUAUACUUGUACAUAUUACUAGGUGAAAACUUUGUACAACUUAAGCAGCCACACAGAGAGCAAACUAUUCUUUCGCUUUUUACUAAAGAAUACCUUGUGCUCGCUGCAUUCACUGGCAUAUGUUUAAUUGUAAUUGCAGUCUGACAUGUUGUCUGCUACUAACAUAAGUAUUUUGGUGUAGGAUUAAUUUCAUAGAAUAAACAAAAUACUCAGUAAAUGAGUAAGGAUAAU